CGUAAACAAGACGACAACACAGCAGCAGCACCGAGGCGUUAAGACAUGAGUGACAGUGACGAGGAGGACAGUGCCUAUUAUGGUACACCACUAGAGGAGCUUGAUGAAGAUGAAGUACGGGCUCGCAAAGCUCCACGGAUUGAGGAUCAGUUUGUUCGAGACAAACAAGGUCGGAGAAGGUUCCAUGGAGCCUUUACUGGUGGGUUCUCGGCUGGAUACUUCAACUCUGUGGGGACAAAAGAGGGAUGGACACCCUCAACAUUUGUGUCCUCUAAGGGCCAGCGGGCCACAAAUGUGCAAUCCAAGCCUCACGAUUUCAUGGAUGAGGAGGAUAUGGCAGCACAUGGAAUAUCACCCCAGGGAAUCCAAACUUCAGCAAACUUUGAUGACAGUGAACAGAUGAAAAGAAAAAGAGUUUUAGAUCCAAGUGGACCUAUUCCAGGAACACCAGUCCUUGAAGAUAUUCUGAGGCCGAGCAGAGAGACAAUGGGAAUGAAACUUCUGCGUCAUCUUGGUUGGCGACCAGGGCAAGGGGUUGGACCUCGCAUAAGCCGACACCAAAAACGGUCAUCACGCAAGGAAAAAGAGAGAAUGCAUGGCUGCCAGGGACCUCGGGGCUCAAUAGAAGAUUCUGACAGUGGCAGUGAAGGAGAUGAAACACAUAUGCAAGAUGUUACAUUUGCUCCUGAUGAUGUUGACACCCUCUGCCUGACAAGACCCAAGGUAGACCAGUUUGGCCUUGGCUACAAACCUUUGGACCGUACUUCUGUACUUGGUGGGCACAUAAACCUCUUUGAUCCAUCUCCCUUGGUCAUGACUGAAAAAAAGAAGAAACUUCUUAUAAAGGGGCAGGCUUUUGGUGUUGGUGCUUUUGAAGAAGAUGAUGAGGAUAUUUAUGCUACAGAAGACAUGAGUAACUAUGACUUUGGUGAGGAGAGGAAGAGUGCAGGACAGAGGGGUGGGGAGAACAAGGAUCAGUCAGUAAUGGCUAUGCACGGUUUAGUAGAAAUGAUUGAAGGGUUUAGACUCAGCAGUCAACCUCAACAUCACCACAAAGUGUACCCAGCACCAAUUCUACCUCAGGACUUUCUUCCCCAACACCAGCCUCGCAGACGCAGAUUUGAGCGAAAGGAAAGUGAGAUGCGUGGUCUGGGAAGACAUGAUAUGACAGCCGAGCAGCGAGCUAAGAGCCUUGUAGAUCAGUCCAAGACUAUUGUAGAGGUCAGAUCAGGAGUCAAGGGAGAGCCACAAGGCCUAUCUAAGUGUAAUAAGUCAAAAUCUGUUGAGAACACCUUUGAUGUGGACAAGAUUUUUGAGGAAUUUAAAAGCUCAACAACAAAACUUGGUUCAGAUUUUAAACCUUUUGCGAAGGAUGCAGAGAAACAACGGCGAUAUGAACUGUAUUUGCGGAUGAAAGAAAGGGGUCAAAAAGAUCGGUUCUACCUGGCCCAGCCUAAGAGUAUGACUGAAUGGGAGAGGGAACGUGAGAUACGAGAGUUUAGUAAAGCCGCCAAACUCUUCCAGCCUCUCACCUCUACCAUGGCCAACAGGUUUACAUCGGCAGUAUUAAAAGAUUCUGGCCCAGUCUUGAAGGAUGGACUGAACACAAACAUCCCAAAGGUUGAGCCAGUUACUGAUGAAUCUGAAGUUGAUGCUCUGGGUCACAAUGUAGCUGAUGAGAGGGUAAAGGCUGCCAAAAUGAACAUGUUUGGCAAGUUGACACAAACUUCAGUGGACUGGUAUCCUAAUCGUCUCCUGUGUCGAAGGUUUAAUGUUCCAGACCCAUAUCCAGAAUCCUCAUUUGUUGGUGUUCGCAAAUCUAAAAGAGAAAAAUUUUCCAUUUUCAACUUACUCAAUGCACCUGUAGAAGACACAGCUGGCCUCCAGGAGACUUCGUCUACAUCUCAAGAAAAAGAAGAAACUGCAGAGGAUGAAAACCUUGUUGAUAAACAAGAAAACUUUGGCUUGAAGGUUCCAGUGGAUGGGCCUCCAACAAUGGACCUCUUUAAAGCCAUAUUUCAAGAUUCUGAGUCUGACUCAGAUGGCGAUGAUGAAAAAACUGCCAGUGUCAAAAUUAAAGAAGAAGAAUCCUCUUCUGAUGAUACCCAGUCUGAGAAAAAGAAUUCCUCAAGCACAAAAAAUUCUCCCAGACCUCUUAAUGAACACACAUUUGCAUCAGAGAUGAACUUUAGUGAUGGAAUGUUUGCCGCAACAGCUUCUAAAAACUUAGAAACCGUGAAGGAAAAGAAAGAAGACAAAGAAAUAACUGAUGAGUCACUAGCAAUAAAAAAACCUGAUGGACAGAGAGUUCGUAUAAGUAGGUUUGAACCAAAGAGAGACGAUCCCACAAGCCAACCAGAGUGUUUGCCUAAGCCAGUUUUUAUUCAUCGUAGAAAAGAUCCCGCUGCUUCUGAAGUCCCCCCUGCUAAGGGAAUAUUCGCCAAUAUUGACUUUGAAGCACUUAAUAGUUAUAGAAAUAUUACUGCCACUUCUAGUCAAGAACAGACAAGCAGUGCUACUGAGAAUGUUGAAGAAAAUAUUGGUAAAAAUAAGAAAACAGAUAGUGAUUCAUCUGUUGAUUCAGAGGAUGAAUAUGGACCACCAGUUCCAGUACACCUGAAGAACAGACUCCAAAUGAUCAGGUCGGCACCACCUACCACAACUGCUCUGGUGCAGAAGCUUGGAGAAAAACAGGAUACAAUUACCAAACACAAAUCGUGGGUUGAAAAAGAACCAAAGAAUAAAAGUUCUAAGAAACACAAACAUAAAGAUAAGCACAAAUAUAAAAAAGAGAAGAAAAAGAAGAAAGACAAGAAGAAUAAAAAGCACAAAGAGAGAAAAAAGAAGAAAGAGCACCGACAAUUAAACAGGAAGGAUAGCAGUAGCAGUAACUCUGACUCCUCGGACAGUGAUUGAAAUGCAAAACAAUAAUAAAAAAUAUGCGGUAAA